AUGAAGAUUCCGAUGAAGUUUUGGAAUAAUUCGCCUUUGUUUGUUUGUGUAGCAUUAUCAUCUGCGAGGAUGAAAGGUACAUGUCGGAAUAGCCACGACAUCACAUCUUCAAAUUCUUUAGUCUUACGAGAAGCUAAGGAAAAGAUCGGGAAUAAACCUCCAAAGUCAUCGGCUCUAGGUCUUUUUCCAGAUUUUUUUGAAGUCAAAUCGAAGGGUAAGAACGAUCCACAGACCGGCACUUUAUCUGUAGUUUUAUGUUUCUUUGGUAGUCUUGUUUCGCUCUUCCGUUUGAGUUUUUCACAAAAGAGCUUAUCCAGCUUGCGAUGUCAUAAUUGCAUCGCAGUGGCGGAUAGCUCUGUUUUCUGA